CGCAGACCGGUUUCCCUGAAUCGGCGCUGCAUAAGUUCACUGAAUCCCUCUUUCUUAUAUUCUUUUACUACAUAAACUUUCUAAAUCAGAAUGCAAGCAUCAGAAUUCGAACCCUAGAAAAAAUCGGCGACAAUGGAAAUGGAUAGUUACGAGAUCGUGAAGAGGGUUGGCGAGGGAAGCUAUGGAAUGGUUUACCAAGCCAUAAAGAAGGCUACUGGCGAAGCCGUGGCCAUCAAAGAGACACGAUUGCACGAGAAUGAGAACGGUGUCCGCCAGCUUUACAUCCUCCAAACGGUCUGCAGGGGUCGCUAUGUCAUCAGGCUGUUGGAUGUUAAACGAGGCCGGAAUAAGAAAGGCGAAACUGUUCUUUUCUUGGUUUUUGAGUUUUUGCCCACUCACCUCAAGACAUUCAUGGGCAGGUUUCAAAGAAAUAUUCCUCCAGAAAAGAUCAAGAGCUUAAUGUAUCUGCUCUGUAAGGGAGUGGCUUUCUGCCACGGCCACGGAGUUUUGCACAGAAAUUUGAAGCCUGCCAAUCUCUGGGUGGAUCAAAAUGCAGAGAAGCUCAAAAUUGCUGAUUUUGGCCUUGCCAGGGCUAGCCGCAACAAUAACAUGCGCGACGAAUUAACCCUCUGGUACAGAGCUCCUGAAGUGCUCUUGGGUUCGAAGCUCAAUUCCAGAGCUAUGGACUUAUGGUCUGUGGGUUGCAUAUUUGCUGAGCUUGUAAACAAAGAAGUCCUUUUCAGGGGGCAAAACAAGCUGUCACAACUGCACCAAAUCUUCAGAAUCUUGGGGACACCCAAUGAAAGUGUUUGGCCUGGGGUGAGUUCAUUACCAGACUGGCAGAAGAAGUUUCAUCAGUGGGAGGUUCAACCCCUGAAAUCAGUUGUUCCUAAUCUGGAUGAGGAUGGAUUGGACCUCUUAAAUGAAAUGUUAAAAUAUCAACCAUCAAAAAGGAUCUCGGCAAAGGACGCAAUGAAGCAUCGGUAUUUCAAAGAUCUAGACAAGUCGAAGCUUACUUAACCUCAAAAAAUCAUACUAAUGUAUAGUGGAGUAUUAUAAAAGUCGAGUGAUAUUAUAUGAUACAUAGCCAGUAGAUGUGUUGCACUUGCUUUGCUUUUCUCCAGCAUGUUUGGAUGUUGAUCAUAUUGGGAGGAGUUAUGUUUGAACCGUGUCCAUCACUAAAACUACCAGAAUCGGUUGGGUUCUAUAGAUUGAGGGACGUUUUUUGUGUGGAAAUGCUCAAGUGACGGAGCCUUAACUUAGAAUCUGCUAGGAAUUCAUUAGCCGGACUGUGAGUGUUCAGUGAAUUCUGCUGAGUAACCUGGGAAAAAGCUGAGCAGGCUUUAGAAUUCUGCCUGUAAUUAACUGCGAAUUUUGAUCGUGUUACUAAAUUUUA